AUGGUUCCGGGUUUGCGACGGCCUGAAGCGGCAUCCGGCCGUCCAUUCGCUGGUGGAGAUCGUUCUCGAUCUUGGCCGUCGCCCCGUCGCAUCCUUCUUGCAAGCGUCCCUCUCCGCAUGGUGGCGAGUUUCGGAGCGGACAAGCGCGCGGGGAUUGGGCGCACGCUGCAGCGCAUCAGCGCCAUGCGCAAGCGAGCGGGGAUUGGGCACACGCUGCAGCGCAUCAGCGCCAUGAGAUGGUGCGCGAGGUGGUGGCAGGGGGGUGAGUCCGUGGUGGUCAUGGGUCCGGAGGCGUGGGGAAGAGCACGGGUAGCAGAUGAUGGGGACGAGUGCACUCGCAGGGUGGUGGAGGACACACAGGAGCAAGGCGAUCGCAGGCGCGAGGUCCGUGUGCACCAGUGUGCAGGAGCAGCAAUAGAGGAUAAUGGAGGCGGUGGAGAAUCGGAUGGCAUAGGUGGUGGUGAUUGA